AUGUUAAAAUCUGAAGCGCUUAAAUCAAGCAAAGGAAAGUUUGAGGCACUGGUUUCCAUUAAUAAUGAAUGCGUAGAAGACCUACAUUGGUGGGUUGAUAAUAUUGAAAAUGCUUUUAAGCCGGUUGAGAGACCCAAGGCUGAUAUCACCAUCCACACAGAUGCAUCUAAGAUGGGAUGGGGAGCGGUAGUAAAUAAAACUGCAAUUGGGGGGCGAUGGACUAGCCUCGAAUCCCAAGAACACAUUAAUAGUUUAGAACUUAAAGCUUUGUUCAUGGGCUUAAAAUCAUUCUAUAGAAAUUUGCAACACAAGCAAGAUGUCCAAGAUGUGCUACAUCAUUCAAAGACAUUGGUCCCCCCCAUAACAGAUAUCACCUUGAAAGAUUUAACGCUGAAGUUGACUAUGCUAAUUGCGCUGGUAUCAGCUCAGAGGCGUCAAUCUAUUCAAUUGUUAAAUAUUGACUAUAUGGUCAAAGAUGACACCUUCUUACGUGCAAGCCUGGAAAUAAUUUUUGAGGACCUGCCUGUCAAAAUGACCAGCACCAAUGAAUUUGUGCCUGUCAUGAAACAAAAUGUACUGGUCAUUGUACCGGUCUGCCAAAAACAUAGGAUACAGAAUAUGCAAUUGUUAAAAUCAUUUUAUACAUGUAUAUGUACACAAAACAAUGUCAAUUAUGUCUAUAAUGAAUAA